AUGGAUAGUGAUUUAGCAUUUUGUCUAAAGGAUUUUGUUCAGCAACUCUGUAUAGAACAACAACAAGCUGUAGCACAAUCAAUUUUCGAUUUAUGUGUUGGAUCAAAAUUAGCAUCGACAUUUUCCAGCAGCUUUAUAGGCGCUGGUAUUGCUGAUGUUCAUGGUAGAUUGCCAAGCAGUGGUACUGAAAAUUUCAAUGUACCACAGGAACGAAUGAAUAAAAAGUGGAAUCGUAUAUAUACUGCAGAUGUGCAGCAGAGUAGUGAUGCAAAUGUACAACGAGUUUAUUGGGAAGGAUCAAUAGAUCGUGGCAGCAAACCAUAUUUUUGUCCAACAGGUUGGAAACGAUAUGGUAUAAAAGUAGCUAAUACAGCCGAUGAAUUUGAUGAGCGUUGGGGUCAGUGGUGUAUUGCUUAUCAUGGUACAGAAGAUACAAAUGCUGCUCCAAUACUGAAUUCGGGACUGAGAGCAAAUCAUGGAAUUCAUGGCACACUAGGAAAGUGUGUCUAUGUUUCACCGAGUAUUGAAUAUUCUGCACACCCACGAUAUGCAAAAGUACGUUACGAUCCGAGAACUGGUAAAUAUCAUCAGAUGAUAUUUCAAUGUCGUGUCAAUCCAGAACUUAUAAAAAUCUUUGGCGAUACGACAAUGGAACCGAAGUGGAGAGAUAAAGUGCAAAUAGAUCCACAUUUCAGUAAUAAAAAACUUGAAUGGGUUAUUGAAGCUUCGCCGAAUGGUCGCUAUAUAAAAGAAGAUAUAAUCUGCUAUGGUAUAAUGUUGAGAACAAGCACCGGUCGUCCAGGUCAAUUACCAUCAUCACAUUGGUGGCAAUAUUCGAAUUCGUCUUUACAGCGAAUGGUAGAACCGUUCAUGUAA